UUUCUUUUCGGAAAAAGCCCCCAGGAGCAUUUUACACCCCGAGUGGGUGGGACCGGCGGCAGCAGCAACAUUUUCUGGCCCACCAUGGUUCCUGGAAACCCUCUGGCUUUCAUUUUCGCGGCUGAGCAGCCGCCGCUGCCGUGCCACAGGAAGGCGGAAGCCACGCGGCCCCACGCUGGGGCCCUACGGCAGAGCCUGCGACCCUCCCCGAAAGUAGCUCUUUCCAGAGGCUGGGAGCCACGAUGCCCAGCGGAUCGGGAUGAGGAGCUGCUCUCGCACUCGGGGGGGGGCCCUCGCUGCCCGCAGCAGGCAGGGCCACCCUGGCCAGGGCCAGCAGAGCAGACGAUGCCGGGCGGCUAGUCCAGGACACCUCCCCGGCCGGUGGGAGGGACGCGUGUGCAUCCCCCCCAUGGAGAUCCGACGCGCUUUGCCCCAGGAUUUCCGGGAGCUGCUGCACUGCCUGAAGAUGAGGAGCAAGUACGCCGUCCUGCUGGUCUUCGUCGUCGGCCUCGUCAUCAUCGAAAAGGAGAACAAUUUCAUCUCCAGGGUGUCGGACAAGCUGAAGCAGUCCCCGCAGGCGCUGGCGGAGGCCAACGGCACGGAAGCCAGCCCGGCGCUGGCCGAGAACGGCUCGCUGGCCUCGCUGCAAGAGCUGGACGCCGCCUUCUCCCAGCUGAGGUCCCACCUGCGCAACGUCACCCUGCAGCUGGUGGGCGACGGGGACCCCAGGCCGCGGCGGCACGUCUUGCUGAUGGCCACCACCCGCACCGGCUCCUCCUUCGUGGGAGAGUUCUUCAACCAGCAAGGCAGCAUCUUCUACCUCUUUGAGCCCCUCUGGCACAUCGAGAGGACGGUGACCUUCGAGCCAGGGGGAGCUAACGCGGUGGGCUCGGCCCUGGUCUACCGGGACGUCCUCAAGCAGCUCCUCCUUUGCGACCUCUACAUCUUGGAGAGCUUCAUCUUGCCGGCGCCCGAGGACCAUCUGACGCCCUUCAUGUUUCGGCGGGGCUCGAGCCGCUCGCUCUGCGAGGAGCCUGUCUGCACGCCCAGCGCCAAGAAGGUCUUCGAGAAGUACCACUGCAAGAACCGCCGCUGCGGCCCCCUCAACAUCACCCUGGCCGCCGAGGCGUGCCAGCGCAAGCAGCACGUGGCCCUGAAGACGGUGCGCAUCCGGCAGCUGGAGUUCCUGCAGCCGCUGGUGGAGGACCCUCGCCUGGACGUGCGCAUCAUCCAGCUGGUGCGGGACCCCCGGGCCGUCCUGGCCUCCCGCAUGGUGGCCUUCUCCGGCAAGUACGAGACCUGGAAGAAGUGGGCAUCCGAAGGGGAGGCUCCCCUCCGCGAGGAGGAGGUGCAGCGGCUGCGGGGCAACUGCGAGAGCAUCCGUCUGUCAGCCGAGCUGGGGCUGCGGCGGCCGGGCUGGCUGCGGGGUCGUUACAUGCUGGUCCGCUACGAGGACGUGGCGCAGGCGCCCUUACAGAAGGCAGAGGAGAUGUACAGCUUCGCCGGGCUCCCCCUCACCCCCCAGGUGAAGGAGUGGAUCGGCAAAAACACGCAGGCGCCCCGCGACGGCAGCGGCGUCUACUCCACCCGUAAAAACUCCUCUGAGCAGUUUGAGAAGUGGCGGUUCAGCAUCCCCUUCAAGCUGGCGCAGGUGGUGCAGGAUGCCUGCGCCCCGGCCAUGCGCCUUUUCGGCUACAAGCUGGCCAGCAGUCCCGCCGCGCUGGCUAACCGCUCCUUCAGCCUGCUGGAGGAGGCACAGCCCUCCUGGGUCACGUAACGGCGGCGGGAGGGGGGAACGGACGGCGGCGGGGGGGGAAUGAGGGGCUGUGGCCGUGCUCCCGGCUGGCCCGGAGGAGACCCGGGGGUCCCUGCUCCCGGAGAUGCUCCUCGCCGCUGCCGAGUGGAAAUUGGCAGCCUCGGGAGCCGGAGCAUCCUGCCAGAGCUGACCCCGGGGUCCCGCAGAGCCUGAAUUACACAAUUUCCUCCGGGAAUGGGGAAAUCGCAAGGUUGAGGGGCAGUGGGGAAAAGCGGGGGGGGGGUUCGGCACCGGGGCCACCUCCCCAGCUUGGGGGCUGUGCCGAGGAAGAGGAGGGCGAGGGCGAGCAGAGGGCGACAGGACCGAGCACCUCUGCGUUGCCACCCCCCCCCCCCCCCCCCCCCCCAGCUAGGAUGAGGCAAGGACAAGACCUCUGUGGUGCCAGCAAGGACCCGUACCCCAGUGGCCUUACUGGUUUAGUGCCUUCAUACACCAGCACAGACUGGGAACUGCCCCAGAGGCAUGCUGGGGCAGGAGUCGCCCGCAGAGCCCUUGGAGCACUUGGGCUGCAAUGAAAUGAGAUGACUUUGUAGUUUGGUCCUCUUCAAAGUUGGUUUGGGGUUUGUUUUUUUUCCUUUUUUCCUGGGUAUUUGCAUACCAGGGUCACCAGGCAAAUUUAUUUAUUUAUUACGUGAAAAAGAGGGGGAGGCAGGUCAAGGGGCUAAGCCCAAAAAUCAGAGCAACACAACGUACCGCAAAGAAACAGAGAGACACCCAGAGCCGAGGUGGCGGAGGUCAGAUUUUGGCCGGAGACCACCACGUGCCCUACCACACGAUCCCGGGAGAGCCCCCGGGGACCGACAGGCUAUAACCCCCCCAGACCCCCAGCAGAGCGCGGCCGGUACCGGGACUGCCCCCGCCUCAGGCGGGAGCGACUGCGAAACGCGGCGCCUGCUGGAAGACGGUCGGACUUAUUUAAUUAAAAACAAAAAUGCAACAGCAC